GGCGCGGCCUGCGCAGCGCCUCGGCGGCCAUGGCGGCUCACCUCAGCUCGGGCCGCGUCCCGCUGACGGCGCUGAGGGAAGCCGGGCGGAGGGAGCUGCGCGCCUUCCUCGACAAAUGCGCCGGAUCCAAGGCUAUUGUAUGGGAUGAGUAUCUUACUGGGCCCUUUGGAUUGAUUGCACAAUAUUCUCUUCUGAAGGAACAUGAGGUGGAGAAAAUGUUCACUCUCAAGGGAGGUCACCUUCCACCAGGUGAUGUCAAGAACAUUAUUUUCUUUGUCAGGCCCAAGUUAGAGCUCAUGGACAUAAUUGCUGACAAUAUCCUCAGCGAAGAUAAAAUCCGCUGUCCGCAGCGGGAUUUCCACAUCCUGUUCGUGCCGCGUCGCAGUUUGUUAUGCGAGCAGCGCCUCAAAGAACUGGGCGUGCUGCACUGCUUUGUUCACCGAGAGGAAUACAGCCUGGACCUCAUCCCCUUUGAUGGAGAUCUUCUGUCCAUGGAGUCAGAAAACGCCUUUAAGGAAUGUUACUUAGAAAAUGACCAGACCAGCCUCUACCAUGCAGCAAAAGGACUCAUGACGCUCCAGGCUCUCUAUGGAACCAUCCCGCUCAUCUUUGGAAAAGGGGAAUGUUCACGGCAUGUGGCAAACAUGAUGAUCCGGAUGAAGCGGGAGUUUUCGGGGAUCCAGAACCCCAUUCUCCCUGUCUUCGAUACCCUGCUGCUGCUGGAUCGCAAUGUGGAUUUGAUCUCUCCUCUGGCUACUCAGCUGACCUACGAGGGCCUGAUUGAUGAAAUAUAUGGGAUUCAGAACACCUACGUAAAACUUCCCCCCGAAAAAUUUGCCCCCAAGAAGCAGGGGGAGGCCGCGAAGGAGCUCCCCACUGAGGCCAAGAAGCUGCAGCUGAACUCCGCAGAGGAGCUGUACGCAGAGAUCCGGGAUAAGAACUUCAAUGCCGUGGGCAGCGUCUUGAGCAAGAAGGCCAAAAUCAUCUCUGCUGCUUUUGAGGAAAGGCACCACGCCAAAACCGUGGGGGAAAUCAAGCAAUUCGUCUCACAGCUGCCGCACAUGCAGGCUGCCAGAAGCUCUUUGGCCAACCACACCUCCAUCGCAGAGCUCGUGAAAGAUAUCACCACCUCCGAAGACUUCUUCGAUAAUUUAACGGUGGAGCAAGAAUUUAUGUCCGGCAUAGAUACUGAUAAGAUCAACAGUUACAUAGAAGAUUGUAUUGCCCGAAAGUAUCCCUUGAUUAAAAUACUAAGGCUCGUUUGCCUGCAAUCGGUGUGCAACAGCGGCUUAAAACAGAAGGUCCUGGAUCAUUACAAGAAGGAAAUUCUCCAGACCUACGGCUACGAACACAUCCUGACCUUGAAUAACCUAGAAAAAGCUGGACUUUUGAAGCCUCAGCUGGGCAGUCGAAACAACUACCCAACCAUCCGGAAAACUUUGCGUUUGUGGAUGGACGACGUCAACGAACAGAACCCGAACGAUAUCUCUUACGUCUACAGCGGCUAUGCACCUCUAAGCGUUCGCCUGGCACAGUUGCUCGCCCGGCCAGGUUGGCGGAGCAUUGAAGAAGUCCUAAAAAUACUUCCUGGUCCACAUUUCGAGGAGAGGCAGCAGCUGCCAACUGGACUUCAAAAAAAGCGUCAGCAUGGGGAAAACCGUGUCACUCUCGUCUUCUUCCUGGGAGGCGUGACGUACGCCGAAAUCGCAGCCCUCCGCUUCCUCUCGCAGAUGGAGGACGGGGGCACCGAAUACGUCAUCGCCACCACCAAGCUGAUCAACGGGACAAGCUGGAUUAAGUCUCUGAUGGAGAAGCUGGAGCCGCCUCCUUUUUAGGAGAAGCCGGGUUAGACCGAGCAGGACUCGAUCGAGAUGGGAUCGCGGUGCGUAAUGUACGCCUGGAACAGGGGUCUCCAACCUUGGCCACUUUAAUCCUGGAGGACUUCAACUCCCAGA